AUGCCUAUCUUCGGGUGCUUUGCGCUCAGUGCGCUAUGCGGACCGACGAAUGCGCAACUCGAUAUCAGCCAUGCGCACGUAUCCGGUGCGUUUAAAGCACCAAGAAAAGCACGCACGCCGGACGAGGAGUUCUUCGUGACGUUCGGGUGGCCCGCUGGCCUACCAUUUGAAGUCCACCAGCACCAAAUCGAGCACAUAAGAUCGUGUGCAGUCGAGUUGUACGACGUUACGCUGCGGGAAUUGGGAGGUGCUGUAGACUGGAGGUACAUUAAUAAAAUCCGCAGGUUCGCCGAGGACUGGGCCCAGCUGAAUCGCAUGCAGGCUUAUCUGAGAGAACGGGAUAUAAAAGGAGAGGUCACUGAGCAACAUACGCAUCUCUAUGGUUUCGGCAAGGAUUUUCAGGAACUGAUUGAUUUGGGUGCGUGGAACGCAAGGUACGAACGUGCGAGGGCCUUAGAUCUCGCUGCGCUCGAGGUGACGCUGGGUAUCAUUUGCAAGACGCCGGAGGAUUUGGAUGUGCUGAAAAGGGAGGAUAAACUGCUUGUUCAAUGGUUUAUGCAGCAUUUACAAAGGAAAAUUGCCACUACCCCGGGGCACCUCACCGAGCCUUACCUCUCUGCCAUGCUGGGUAUCCACAGACGGACCCGAUACCUCCCACCUCUCAGCGACCUAGCGCACGAAAUUUCCAAGCGAGAUACGUUCCCAUUCAUGCGAGGUGGCCAGAGCGAUAUCUGGCGUGGAACAUGGCUCGGUCUUCCGGUCGCUUUAAAGCUAGUACGAACUAUUACGCGAAGAAGCGGAGCAACCGUGCGAGGAAUCAGCCUCGACCCGGAAUCCAAAGAUGACCAAGACGACAAUGACACUGUAUGCCCAGGAGGAGACGCUGUACGUGCAUUCAAGCGGGAAGCUGAAAUCUGGCGGCAGCUGAUGCACGACAACGUGCAUCCGUUCCUUGGCGUAUGGGUCAACAUGGAUGACGUGUACCUUGUUAGUCCGUUUAUGGAACGUGGGGAUGCCGCAGAGUGGGUCCGGACCAGGAACGACGUCGAUCGUCUAAAGCUUCUAUUGGAGAUUGCGCGGGGGAUAGAGUAUUUGCAUUUACGUUCGCCGGCGGUGAUCCAUGGUGAUCUGCGGUUGGUGCUCGAGGGGCUGACGCUCACGCCUGUAAGUCAGCAAUUGGGGGUAGCAGGGGCAACACGCUGGAUGGCGCGUGAACUAUUAUUACCCACACCGCUCCCUGCCUUGCCCGAUUCAGACUCGAGCUCGCGAGUCGAGGAGGCAGAGUCGGACGCAACGGUGACGCGCGAGACGGAUAUUUGGUCAUGGGGAAUGACGGCGCUCGAGGCCAUGACGGCGCAACCGCCGUAUUCGCACCGACGGCGAGACACGCAAGUGAUGCUGGAUAUCAUUGGUGGAGUACUGCCGACUCGACCCCGGACCGGGUUCUUGUCCGAGCCAAAAGGGGAUGCGCUCUGGGCACUGAUGGAACGGUGUUGGAAGGCGGACCCUCGAGAACGACCGAGUUCGUCAGAGAUUGUGGCCGAGAUGUGGAAGCUGCAAGGCCGGGGAUAG